AUGUCGGACUCGGACAGCGACGACGACGCGCGGUUCGCCCUGUUCGCGGGCGCGGAGGCGAUUUCGCGCGAGGUGGAGGCGCGACGGUCGAAUGUGUUUUUAAAACGAAAUUUGAGCUACGUCGCGCGCGCGUCGACGACGACGGCGACGGUGGACGGGACGACGGCGACGGUGGACGGCGGCGACGGUGUCCGGGGGGUGCGGACGCGGUACGCGUACGAGGGAUGUCCGAGGGCGGGACGGAUGACGCGCGGAUAUCGAUGCGGACAGUGCGCGACGACGUGCGCGACGUUCCGGGGGCUCAUGACCCAUCUGCGGGCGUCGCACGAUUUACUUCGGUACGAGGGCGUGCGGGUUGGGGAGGAGGUGACGAUCACGAUGCGACCGCGACGGGUGAAUUUCGAUGACAAUGGAAUGUUCACGCCGAGGAGCGCGGAGGAGACGCGGAGUCCGAACGAUAAGGAGUUCGUCUUCGUGCGAGAUCGUCGAGGGCGGGGGGGGAAGGGUGCGAUGGAGCGGAAGUAUGUGUUUCGCGAACGCGUGUCGAGGGCGGAGCUGGAGCGGACGUACGGGGGGAAUCUGUUGAAGGAGGUGCCGCGCGGGGCGGUUUGGCGAGACGUCGAGCGCGCGGAUGGAUACGACAAGGCCAAGGAGGAUGGACGGAGGACUGCGGCUGCUGAGGAGCGCAGGCGCGUGGCGGCGCUGCCGUUUAAGCCGACGGUGUGCAAGAAGAGGGUGACGAUGGAGGAAUCGCUGCCGAAUUCCAAGCCGAGACUACCGGCGCCGAGUCGACCGCUCGGACCGUUUUACAACUCGCGCGCCUUCAUCAAGAUGUCCGCCGUCCCGGAUGUAGACUCGGACGACGAGAUCGUCACUCCGGCGCAAAUCAUCGAGGACAGACGCGUGUUGAACGAUUUCGUCGAUUUCAGCCGAGAGGAGAUCGAUUUCAUGGAGGCUUGGAACGAGGUGGCGAUGCGCUUUCGCGCCCUGGCGGAUUACGAAGCCCCGGCGCUUUGCGAAGCCUUUGUGCGCGUGCACUACGAAAAGCUCAGAGCGAACCCGGCCUUCUUCAAGCUCUUCACCAUCACCCUAUUUGCCAUGCACGAGAACGGUAUCAUCAACAGACGAGCCGUCGUAGACGUGUUGACCCUGUGCGACAAAAUCAACGAUCCGCGCUGGCGAAAUCUCGCCAUGAGCUCCGCCGCGCGCGAGACAGAAUCGUGCCCCAUAGCCGUCUUCGACGAGUUCCCAAAGUUUGCGACGACGCUGAAUGACCUUAGAUACUGA